GCAGAUGCCUUUUCUCUCCAAGGGAAGAAGCGAUGCUGUCCACCUACUUCGAAACCAUCAAUGACUUGCUCUCCUCCUUCGGGCCGGUCCGAGACUGUUCCCGCAACAACGGUGGCUGCACCCGCAACUUCAAGUGUGUUUCGGAUCGCAAGGUGGACUCCACGGGCUGUGUGUGCCCCGAGGACCUCCGGCCCAUGAAGGACGGCACCGGUUGCUAUGACUACUCCAAAGGGAUCGACUGCUCAGAUGGCUUCAACGGGGGCUGUGAGCAGCUCUGUCUCCAGCAGACCCUCCCUCUGCCCCACGACCCCUCGUCCAGCACCAUCUUCAUGUUCUGUGGGUGUGUGGAGGAGUACAAGCUGGCCCCGGAUGGGAAGUCCUGCCUGAUGCUCUCUGACAUCUGCGAGGGCCCCAAGUGCCUGAAGUCGGAUGCCAAGUUCAACGACACCCUUUUUGGGGAGAUGCUCCACGGCUAUAACAACAGGACCCAGCAUGUCAACCAAGGCCAGGUGUUCCAGAUGACUUUCAGGGAGAAUAACUUCAUCAAGGACUUCCCACAGCUGGCUGACGGGCUCCUGGUGAUCCCACUGCCCGUGGAGGAGCAGUGCCGUGGUGUCCUCUCGGAGCCCCUUCCCGACCUCCAGCUUCUCACUGGGGACAUCAAGUACGACGAGGCAAUGGGCUACCCCAUGGUGCAGCACUGGCGGGUCAGGAGCAACCUCUACAGAGUGAAGCUCAGCUCCAUCACCCUCUCUGCAGGCUUUGCAAACAUCCUGAAGAUCCUGAACAAGGACAGCAGCCGGGAGGAGCUGCUCUCCUUCAUCCAGCAGUUUGGCUCCCACUACAUCGCAGAGGCGCUGUACGGCUCCGAGUUCAGCUGCACCAUCCACUUCCCCAGCAAGAAGGUCCAGCAGCAGCUCUGGCUCCAGUACCAGAAAGAAACGACUGAGCUUGGGAACAAGAAGGAGCUGAAAUCCAUGCCCUUCAUCACGUACCUGUCAGGCCUGCUGACGGCACAGAUGCUGUCUGAUGACCACCUCAUCUCCGGAGUGGAGAUCCACUGCGAGGAGAAAGGGCGCUGCCCCUCCACCUGCCACCUGUGCCGGCGCCCCGGGAAGGAGCAGCUCAGCCCCACACCGGUCCUACUGGAGAUCAACAGGGUAGUACCCCUGUACGCCCUGAUCCAGGAGAACGACACCAGGGAGGCCUUCAAGGGAGCCCUGAUGAGCUCAUACUGGUGCUCGGGGAAAGGCGAUGUUAUCGAAGACUGGUGCAGGUGUGACCUCAACGCCUUCGAUGAGAACGGACUCCCGAACUGCAGCCCUCUCCCUCCGCCUAUCCUGCGGCUCUCCCCCAACGUGGAGCCCUCCAGCACCGUGGUCAGUCUGGAGUGGCUGGAUGUGCAGCCUGCCAUUGGGACAAAGGUGUCUGACUAUGUCCUGCAGCACAAGAAGGUGGAUGAGUACACGGACACAGACCUCUACACAGGAGAAUCCUUGAGCUUUGCGGAUGAUUUACUUUCUGGCCUCGCAACCUCCUGUGUGGCAGCGGGUCGGAGCCACGGAGACGUCCCUGAAACCAGCAUCUAUUCAGUCAUUUUCAAGUGCCUGGAACCAGAUGGUCUGUACAAGAAGACACGUGAAUGAGCGCCGGAGCAAUUGGAGGCAGAUUCCAAAUAGCUCAGUGGCAUGGGUUAAAACACAUCUGUUCCAGCCCUUGGCCGAGUCCCCUGUGUGCACAGGAGCUGUGCUGCUUCAUUGAAUCCACCUCUCCUAUUCCUCAUGCUCUCCAGCUUCCCAAAGCCGAGCAGUGUAUGGCUGUAGUUUCUCCUCAGGCAUUCCUGGCUUGCGGAAGCUCAGACACGGCAAGUCAGGAGUUGAACAAGUGUUUGCUAAAUCC